AUGUUAAAAUCUUUAAAAGAUAUGCUUUGUGAUUUAAGAAAAAAGAAUGUGUUUUAUAAUGAAUUCUUAUUAACAAAUAUUCAAUUAAAACAAUUUGAAUUUUUAGUAGAAAUUUUUAGUUUAUGUAACGAAACCAAUCUCAAGUUACAAAAAUUACAUUUAAGUUUCACAGAUUUCUAUUUAGAUUUAAUUAUGAACUUAAAGAAAUUGAAUCUUUAA